UAGCAUAGUUUAGAAGAAUGGGAAAAUAUUAGAAUUAUGGUUAUCUGGUCAUUUAAUAAUAGAAGGAAAUGAAUCUGAAGAUGUAUUAGGAAAUGGAUGUUAUUUAAUGUAUCCUUGGGUCAAUCGACUAAGUGAUAAGAAUGUAUAAUGUUAAUUUCGUGACUCAAAUGGUUAUCCAUUACAUGGUUUAUAUGUAAAUUCUGAAAGAGAAACUUUGAUGAAUGGAAUUUAAAAUUAAUUAUGCUUAACACCUAAAGAUCGUGAGGAAGAAAAAAGCCAUUUUCAAGAGAUAUUAACUUUUACUUAGGAGAAUUAAAUAUCUUUUGAAUUUAUAAUUUCUGAUAAUAAAAACUUUGAAUAUGGAAUAGGUUAUCAUCCUUAUUUUAAUUUUGAAAAUAUUGAUGAUAUAAUCAUGAUAACAAAUUUAAAUAAAAAGUUAAUAGUUGACAAAGAUUUAAUUCCAAUAGGUGAUUAAUUAUAAUGGGAAGAUGUUAAUUUGGCAGAAAUACCUUUAAAGAAUUAAUAAUUCGAUAGUUGUUUUACGAAUUAAGAGGAUAAACUUUUUAUAAAAUUGGUAAGUAAUAAAUAUACUUUAAUUAUUGAAUCAGAUUCAAUGAGAUAUUGCUAAAUUUACACUCCUCCAGAUAGAAAGAGAAUUGCUAUUGAACCAUAAUCAUCAACAGCAGAUUGUUUUAAAUAUAAGACAUCUUUAAAAGGAAAUUGCAAAGUUGGCUUUAAAAUUACAAUAUAAUGAAAAUGAUAUUGAUUAUAAAUCAUUUAAUACAUAUUCC